AUGGCCAUGGAGCAGGGAAGAGUGACGGAAUUCGAAGGAAAGAGCCUCGACCAGAUACAAAUUGAGCCUGAAGGGAGAGCAGUAGAGAUCCUCUCACAAACGGACGGGCUAAAAGAAACUUCAAGCGGAGAACCUUCAACCAUUCAUCCAGAUGCACCCCAUGGUAGUGGCAGUGCCCCUUCUGAACGUUGCUUUGGUGGGGAGUACGAAGGCGCUGAAGUGAUAGAGGACGACACAGGGUCCGCAGGCACUGGAGUUGAAAUUUGGCUGGUCAUGUGA